GGGACCCGGGGACUGAGGGGGGGGCCGGCGGCGGCGGCGGGGGGGCGAGAUGAGCACUGGGCUCCCCCUGGGCACAGAGCCGCCCUGUGAAUGAGCUGAGGCGAGGCCGCCAGCCGGGUGCCCCCCUCCUCCUCCUCCUCCUUCUCCUCCUCCUCCUCCUUGUCCCCGUCCUUCACCGCCGGGAGCGGGAGCGCGGCCCUGCCCGCGGAGCCGGCGCAGACCCCGCGGCCGGGGCGAACUGAAGGAAGGUCACCAUGGGAGCAUUUUUAGACAAGCCAAAGAUGGAGAAGCAUAAUGCCCAGGGGCAAGGGAACGGGCUCCGUUACGGCCUGAGCAGCAUGCAGGGCUGGCGCGUGGAAAUGGAGGACGCACACACGGCUGUGAUCGGUUUGCCAAACGGACUUGAUGGAUGGUCAUUUUUUGCUGUAUAUGAUGGGCACGCUGGAUCACAGGUUGCCAAGUACUGCUGUGAGCAUUUAUUAGAUCACAUCACGAGCAACCAGGAUUUUAAAGGGCCAGAUGGGCCACCAUCUGUGGAAAGUGUAAAGAGCGGCAUCAGAACAGGUUUCCUGCAAAUUGAUGAACACAUGAGAGUCAUCUCGGAGAAGAAACAUGGCGCAGACAGAAGUGGGUCAACAGCUGUGGGUGUCAUGAUUUCCCCCCAACACACAUACUUCAUCAACUGUGGAGACUCGAGAGGGUUGCUUUGUCGAAACAGGAAGGUUCACUUCUUCACACAGGAUCACAAACCAAGCAAUCCGCUGGAGAAGGAGCGCAUACAGAAUGCAGGUGGCUCCGUAAUGAUUCAGCGUGUGAACGGCUCCCUUGCUGUUUCAAGGGCGCUUGGGGACUUUGAUUACAAAUGUGUCCAUGGGAAAGGUCCUACAGAACAGCUGGUCUCCCCCGAGCCUGAAGUUUAUGAAAUCGAGAGAUCAGAAGAAGACGAUCAGUUCAUCAUCCUGGCGUGCGACGGUAUCUGGGAUGUUAUGGGAAAUGAAGAGCUGUGUGACUUUGUAAGAUCCAGACUUGAAGUCACUGAUGACCUUGAGAAAGUUUGCAAUGAGAUAGUUGACACCUGCUUGUACAAGGGAAGUCGAGACAACAUGAGUGUGAUAUUGAUCUGUUUUCCGAAUGCACCAAAGGUAUCGCCAGAGGCGGUGAAAAGAGAGGCAGAGUUGGACAAGUACCUGGAAAGCAGAGUAGAAGAGAUCAUAAAGAAGCAGGGUGAAGGAGUGCCAGACUUAGUCCACGUGAUGCGUACGUUAGCAACUGAGAGCAUCCCAAACCUCCCGCCCGGGGGGGAGUUGGCAAGCAAACGGAGUGUGAUUGAAGCCGUUUAUAACAGACUGAACCCCUACAGGAAUGAUGAUGCUGACUCUGCCUCAACUGAUGAUAUGUGGUAAAACUGCUCAUCUAGCUGUGGAGUUCACGUUUCAUCCUGCAAAUGAAAGUGCAGCCCAACCUCAGUGACCCUUCUUAACAUCCAUCCUCAACCUUAAUUAAAGAAGGGAAUAUGAUGUGUUGGUGAGAGUGACUACAGCAGUACGACACCUAGCCCAGGAACUGAUCUUUUUUUGUAAAACAGACUCCUGUAAACGUGAUUUCAAACCAUAAUUCAUGUUGUAAAUCAGACUCCAGCAAUUUAUGUUGUAUGAUUUUGUUUUUGUAAAGUGCAAUUGUCUUUGUACAAAAUGCUCAUAUUUAAUUAUGAACCGCUUUAAAUCACUAUAAAGGUUAGAAGAAAUGUUUUGGCUUGUGUGAUGCAACAAUAUAUAUCCCUUUUAAAUUCAUGUUGUGGUUUUGGAUUGCAAGGAGCAGCAGCCUAGCCAGCUAGGUGCUCAGGAGGUGCACAAAACUGUAAAGAUAACUUUUUGGUUUAUAUGAAAGCUGAACUCGUGGGCAACGUACCAGAAAUUACAGUGUGUGAAUUUUGCUUGGCAGUGGGAAAAAAUAACUUAAAAGUAGUGCACGUCCUUCAACAAAUGUAUAUCAUUGUCUUGGAUGCACUCCUGCUCUCACGUGGAGUCGAAGGGAUUUGUGAUUUUUGAGUUCAGUGGGAGUUAAAUCACACGUAUCCUGUUCAUACCAAUCGUGGGAUCAGAAUGCCGUGAUUCCUCGCACCUCUUUGUCCAUUAACCCUCACCUGAAACUGCUAAUCACUGAGCACGAGCAGGCAGCUUUCUACGUCCAGUAGGAGUCUGCAGCAUUUUUACAAUCCUGAUUGGCUGGGUCUGCUGCUGUUCCAAGUAAAAUACUCUGAAUUCCAUUUUAUCAAUAAAGCUUGAUUUAACAAACAAGACAUUUACCCAUAAAUGUGUAAUUCCUUUGUUCCUGCCUUUUAAAAUGUCAGUGCCAUUGUAAAUGAUAUUUUACUUGUGGAAGAAUAUUUUUUAUUAAUUGGUAGCCCAUUUUUAAAAUGGGAAGGAUUUUGAUUAUUGCCCAAGACAUAGCCAUAUGCUAGAGGAUGAUGUGGGAUUAAUCCGUUACCCUAUUUUUUACAAGUGUGGGUUUUUUCAGGCUUUUUGGUGGUGUUUCGUUUGGUUUCCCUCCCCCCCCCUCCCUACUGAAGAUGUGCAUUGGUUUGAAUUUGCCUACUGUUUGAUAAAAAUACAUUUGUCAAAGCCUGACAAUCUUUAACAUUUUAUGGUGUGUGUUUUUAAUUGACCCACUUACUUAGAAUGAGAGACUAGUGGUUAAACAGUACUUGUGAUUUGAGGUAUAGCAUGUUGACAAUAUUUAACUGUUCGUUGUUUAAAAUUCUAAUUUAAAAUUUUAUAAGGUAAUAAACUAAUUUGAUUUAAGCUUAGCUUUCUCCCAUUGAGCAUACGAAAAUUAAGUUUCCAAGUCAGUCGUGUUUGCAAAACUGCUGUUUUGUGCACCUUGUAUUGUCUUUUUGGUUGAGAAUAUUGUAUUUAAUAUGUAGUUUACUCAUUUAGUAGGCAGAUUCCCCAAAAGGAAAAUCAGUAAAACAAGUAGAUUGUAACAUUUUACUGCAGUUAGACAGAAUCAAAACUUGGUGUAUAAUUACUUUUUGAUAGGAAAACGUAGUACAAUGCAUUUUGCUAUAUUUGUCUUUCCCUAACUUUGACAUAUACAUAUUUGUAUAUAUAGCCUUAAAACUAAUGCAGAGUUAGGGAACACUGAACAGUGAAAAAAGUAACUUAUAGUGUCUUGGAACUAAGUAUAGUAUAUACCAGCAAACUUUUCUUUUAUCCCUCUUGUCUAUGUGGGGUGCUUAAACGUAACUUCAUUGUAUUCAGUUUGUAAUCUGUUCAAGCAUGAAUGAAGAAAACAUAAGCACUAUUUGUAUUUAUAAAUUUAUAGCAAUUUUUGCUUAAAGAACCAGUUCCUUACCUACCUAUGAAUAAAUGCUUAAAAUGUCUAAUUUUGUUGUAGAGUGCACAACUAUAAUAAUGUUAAGUUAUAGCUUCACAGGCACCUAAUUAACAAGCAUAUUUAAUAAUACGUGGCAUAUUAGUGCGAAAAGCUAAACUUAAUUUAGGACUAGGCAGAGAAAGUUCUGUCCUUUUUUCAUAGAGACUAAAGUUUAGUUUUGGAAACUGCAAAACCUUGAACUGGACUGUGGAACCUUUGAGUUUUAAACUUAUACGAAUCGGAAGCAAAACUGUGGUGUGAAAAGCCAUACUUACUUCAAACCACAAUCACUUAAACUGUCUCAGUGACAAAGGAGAUAUUUGAAGCCUCUUCUGGCGAGGUCUCCUAAAGGUUAGAAAGGAGAUAAUUCUGCUGUUGCUACAGGCGAUGUGAGUAGGUUUGAGGGUAGUGGAAGAAAGCCCGUUUCAGGCCUUUCUCUCUCCCGCCUACGUUCAGCGUUUCGGUGAGGUCAGAGCACUGAAUUCUUGUGUAUGCAUAAACACUGCCAUUUUAGAUACAGAUUUUGAUUACAGAGUAUAUGAGUUGGGUAUAUAAAGCAUCCUAGAGAAGAGGCAAGCUGUACUAUUUCACUGCUCUGAAAAGAAAAAGAAAAAAAAAAAAAACAAACGGCACUUUUGCACCUUUGUGCAUCUCCUUCUUGCACCAGAAACUUUUUUUUAAAUGCUAAAAACAUUAGCACCUCAGGGGCAAGGCAGCAAUUUUUAUUUUGAAGUAUUGUGUGCUAUUUAUUUCCCUCUUGGAAAAAGAUUCCUGUGUGAUGGAAAUGAAAAUUGUGUGAUGUUAAAAGAUGUAUUUUUAAAUACAUGUUCAAAUAGGAUGGUCCCAAUUUGCUUGUUUUUAAAAGGAAAUGACAUUUGUAAAGCUUCUUUGCUUCGUAUGCCAUGCAACUUUUGUUUUCCUUCUACAUUUGACAGCUUCACUGGCUUCAGUUUCUGUGAGUUUUGUUGUAGUCAGAUUAAAUGUUUCGCUGAUCGUUCUGGGAGAAUACCUGUACUGCUUUAUAGACAACUGUUUCAAAUAAUUCUCACUAAUUCAGCAUUGAAAUAUGUUCAAGACAGAAGCUUCUAAAAUGUGUUUUAAACGAAUGUUGGAUGAACUGAAUGCCGUGACAUUGAUCAGGGUCCUAGAUUUGCAAGGCUUUGUGAAUCCCUUUCGUCAGCAGAGUCCCUGGCGGGGCAGAAAUCAGCAGGUCCCAUCGAGUUAUAAAGCCAGAGCCUUUCAGCUGGGCUUGCUCUCACCUGGCCCGGGAGCAGCACCACCAAGACCUUGAGGCACAGCCAUCAUUCAGUUAAACCUUGAGCAAAACUCAGAAUCGGAGAGAGAAAUUCUAUCUGCCUGUCACUGAGCUGCACUAAUCCUUGGCUGUGUCGUGCUAGCGAGGUGACUGCUGAAUACUGAGCAGCAGAUGAGCAAUGGUAGCACUUACCUUGAGAGGUCAUGCAGGUGCCAAAGCUGAUCUUUUUAACAUUUCCUUGUAAUGAACUGACUUUAUUGUCCAUUAUUUAUUGCGAAGCUGGUGCUGUCUCAACUCAGUAGAGGUCUGAGCCAUUUUGCUCAGCUCAAGAAUUGGAAACUUAACAAAAUUCGGGAACAGCUUUCACUUCAAUUGAUUCCCUCAUAAGAAUCCCAUCUUAUUUUUAUACAUUGGGGUAGGAUAGACUUCCUAUUGCAUUCCAUUUCUAGUAAUUUAUGAACUAAGGAUAUGGUUUCAUGAUAAACUUAUGUCAAAUGUUGCUCCAAGUUUGUCCCUACUGCCUUUUUUUUGUGCCAGUACUUGCCUUUAUGUGGGCACGGAGUUAGGACAAAGAAAAGCCCUGUCCUCUUCAGCUGGGUAAGUUGAUAAUCCAGCUGUGGGGUGCUGGUGCUAGGGCACGGUGGAGAGUGGGGAGACAGGACUGGGAGCAAGGAAUGUUCGCACCACCCGUCCUGCCGCCGUUUGGGAAACCACACCCAGAUAAAUGAUGGCCUGUGUAGGGAGUAUCGAAGCCUUUGCAGAUCUUUCCCCGCUCUGUACUUAUGACAGACAUUUAGCUUUGGUAAACAUUCUUUUUCUUAAAACUGGAAUCACCAAACUUUGGUCUGAAUGUCUUGUGUGUGAAUUCCGUGCUGACAAACCUUGUGUUUGUGUUCUCUAGGGGUGUGUGGCUCUCUCCUGUGGGAGAGACAGCACGGCUGCCACAAUUAGAUUAAUGAUAUGGUUGUUACAGGUUACCUUAUUUCAGUGUACAUCAGGAUUUCAUCAUGCUGAGAUGUUCACCUUCAUCUCUACCUGCACCUUCUUGAAUUGCUUUUAUGCACAAAUGACUUGGUGUAUUUGAAUUCCUUGAUAUUUAAACUUGGCUGUGUCUGAAAGGGGCAGACCUUUAGGAAAAGAGGGCCCUUUUCCUCAUCCUUCGGCAAAGACAGUAUUUGACACAAACCUGAUGUACCUUGCAUAGGUUCAGAAACAGCAAAACUGUAGAGCUACAGAGCUGUACCUGACAUUCUUCUGUAGGAAAUGAAUUGUUACUCUGUGCCAAACUUCACAAGACAUGAAGAAUAAUGUUUCCUAGAUAACGAGUGUGGCUCCUUGUUCCUACCACUACCUGUGACCACACCUGAGCCUUUACAGACCAGCUCAGGGUGUAAACUCUGUUUGGCUGGAGAGGAUUUUUAACUCUUGAAGUGGUAAAAAAAAGGCUCCAGACAUGAAUUUCUAGGAUUCUGUAGGGCAUAAAAUGAAUGUGAUUCCUGCCGUAAACAGUUAAAAAAGGAGCAAAAUUUAGAAGUACCACUCUGAGGCUAAAUAAUUUAGACUGACCUGUCUGAAAUACUGAUCAGAGGUCAUCUUUUGGUGAGCUCUUUCUGUGGGGUGCUGCACUAUCUGCAGGUCUCUGCAGACCCGGGUGUGCCCAUCUUAAAACACUGGAGCCUUAUUUUGCUUAAUAACAUUGCUUUAUAAACGAGGAGCAGUCACCUGGGCCGUGGCACAUGUUCACAGGAGUUCAGGAAGCUGUAGGAAAACUUGAAGCUCCUCUUUAUUCUUAUGGACCACUAAAUGCAUCCAAGCAGAAAAAAAAAAAAAAAAUAGAUGUGCUCGAAGUUGAGUUUACAUUCUCUCCCCCCGAAAACUUGUUUCCGGAAAAAUGACAAAUAUUUCUGCUAUUUCACUUAUUUCACAAUAUUUCACUUAAUAUAUGAAAAAAUGUCCUGAGCUUUAAUCUCCUGAUUGUGUCAGUUGUUGACCUAUAAUGACUUAGGCUUUAUGUAUAUUCCUUGCUUUAUUUGAUGUUCCUUUUGAGUAGCAGUAAACCAAAUCUUUUUUUUUUUUUUUUUUUCCUCUCAUAUAGACACUUCUUUGCUUCCAAGCUGAGGGAACAGGAGUGAUAAUGAUGUCCUAGGAAGGAGUUUUGGGAGAGGCUUGCUUUAAGUGCAGUGACCACAAAACCCCUAACUUUUGCCACCACAAAAAGUUGAGAAAGUGGGCUUAACUUUAAAAAUGCCUUUUACAGAAUUAAGGGAAUCAUUCUCUUCCGAAAGUGUCAGAACUUCAGUGGAGGUGGGAUGACAGGUCAGAUUUCUAGAGGAUGUGUUGGUUUAUGCCUAGCCAGAUUUUUACACGUAACUUGUACUGACUCCUGCCCAAAUGCUUUUUAAAAUAUCACUAGGCAUCUGCUUUGUUUUUGUUUUUUCCUUUUUUUUUUUUUUUUUUUUCAAAAAUAGGAAGAAUAAACCCAAUGGUCCUUACUGCUGUGUAAGCAGGGGUGGGUGCUGAUGUGUCAGGUAGUGCCGUUUUCCUUCAGGAACACAAGAUCUGCACUUCUCAGCGUGCUCCAGAACCUUGAGCCACUGCUGAAAUCCCUUUUUGCUUCCACUGGCUUUUGGCUGUGAAGAGCUGGUGGGAGCGCAGGGGUUUUACAGCCAAAUUGGACAGGACUCUCCGUGUGUGUUGUGAGGAGGCCUCCAGAGUUGAAGGAGAUGCCACUGUUGUAUAGUUUUAGAAAUAACUUUAAAGAAAAAGGAGGAAACAUGUUGGGUCAUAAGACAUUAUGCACUUCUAUCAGUUCCUGUAGAUUAAGGUCGAGAGUUUAUUUUCACCUGUAUAAAUGAAUUCCACUCAUUCUGAGCAGUGCAAAUACUGGGUGGCCAGUUUCAUUUUUGGGGGGAUUUCAGAUUGGAGGCACAAUGUUCUGUUCCCUCUGUUCACGCUGCAGGGAAAAAUUAGACUAAAAUAGGCUUGGGAAAAUCAGGCACGGACUGAGCUUUACAUUUUGCUGACACUGAUGGAGCUUUGCUCACAACAUAUAAAGUUUGCACAUGGGUUGUUGGAGCCUUAAGUGUCCCACUUCCCUUGGAAUGAAAAACAAGUGUAAUCUUUAUCGAGUGUAGGUUUAGAAAAAGCUUUUCAGAGCCAAAGGGAAGGAGAUGGUGAUGUUAAAGCAAAAGGCUAGAUUAUUUGGAGACAAUUUCAUUUAAUCUUUAAGCAUCUUAAGAUUUUUUUUUUUCCUUUUAACACCUCAGAAGAGCACAGUUUAGGAGGUUUGACAAAAUGCUUUUAGCUGUAAAUAAGUAAAAGGAUGAAACCCAAAAUGGGUUACCUGGGAUGGAAGAACAAUGAGACCCUAAAAAUAUAGGAAUAAAUGUGCUGAAUUUGCAUAGCAUUAUUUCCAUGUCCAGUGAUGGACCUACUGAAAGGUUGGAACUGGGUGAUCUUUAAGGUCCCUUCCAACCCAGACCAUUCUAUGAACCAUUCUAUGAACCAUUCUAUGAAAGGAUCUUUAACAAUGUUGACAGGGGAACCUUUUAUCGUUGCUGAGUGAUGCCAGACUGACAAGUCUGCUGCAGUUUGAAAUUUCCAGCCUCUGAAAUUGGGAAGUGGGUAUUACACACCAGAUCCCCAGUACAGGAGAUGCUGCAGUACCUGUUACCCCACAUUCUGUGGGUUAAUGCCCUGCAGCCUUUGGGUGCUGGGAGUUGGGACUUCCCAGCCUGUUAUUGCUGAUGGUGUGAUUUGCAAUGACCUUGGGUGCCAAGAGUUAAGUUGUAUUUAAGAACUAGAUCUAACUCUUUGGUGCCAGGAAUCUAGUUUUUGGAGUAAGUGCUGAAUUAUGCAAAUGUUCUUGGCCAAUGGUGCCGGGUAGUUCAGUGCUCAGAAAACUAAAUUACUAGUGAUGAAGAGUUAGUGUGAGACAAAAGCCAAGGUUCUCCUAAGCCAGGGAGUGCUGGAUGUCUGAAAAGUGUGAGAUUUGAGUUCCAGGACCUUCUUAUUUUAUAAAUCUUUAUAAGCAGACAUUUUGGGUUCUAGCAUCUGUCUUGUUACUAAGACCAUGUACAAACAUGCUGAAUUAGAGAGUUUUCACCUGUCUUCUCACAGAAUUGACUGCAGAUCGUAUCAUAAAGAGUCUCGUUUGUAGUGACAUGCUGUGCCUGUCUUUUUAGAAAAUUCAUGACCUCUUUAUAUCUAUUUUGUGGAAAGUGUAACUUUUUUCAUUGAUGACCUGUAUAAAUGUGUGUUACGAAUGGAGAGAUUUAAGCUUGAAAAGCAUGUUUGCAGAUUACACAGCUUCAUUAUGGAAUUUAUAAAUUUAACAGAGUAAUAUACAAGAGCAUAACUAUUUUCCUUAAGUAGAAUGUAUAACAAUAUAUAAUAAAUUAUUCUCCACGUAGUUCACCCACUAUUUACAGUUUUACACAAUUCAAACUGUGUGUUUACAGAAAGUUCAAUAAAUGUAUAUUUUGUACUAUGUACAGAUUCCUGGUCCCAAAGAAAAUGUGUGAACUUAGUUUCUAACUUAACUUUUGAGAUUGUACUUUUUUUUCUUCUUCUUUUUCUUCAUUAUUUCUUUUUGGUUUGGAAUCAGUCGAACAAACUGCGUUUCGCCUGUCAAUGGUGGAGGCUUGCAUUGGAGUAAACGGGAAUUGGAAAUAUUUCUAAUCUACAAAAGUGAUUCCACUAAAUAAAACAGGCAAUGACAUCGUG